AUGGUAAACAUCAGUGAUUUUUUCAAAAAUAAUUCUCAAUCGGGUUCUAAACGUAAGGCACAAAGUGCAACUUCACUGAAUCCGACUAAAAAAGCCAAACCUGCAGCUCCCCAAGCAGAAAGAGAAGUUAUUGUCUUGGAUGAUGAGGAUGACGACGAUGAUGAUGUGCAAGUAAUUUCUAAACCUGCAAAGAAGGAAACAGAUAGAAGACCCACAAAAAGAAAAGCAUCCGCAAUCAAUGAUGAAGAUGACGAUGAUGAUGACACGCGUAACAAGCUGCAUGUCCAAAGAUCACCAAAGAAAGAGACAGCGUCUUCGGUACCGAAAGCGUCACCGAAAAAGAAGACUUCUUCAACAUUAAAAUCCACUGCAGCUACCAAAAAAUCCAAAGUGCCAGCAGGUGGUGAAUCUACUGCUGACACAGCUCAAGAGAUUUUAGCAACUAUCCCUGAUGCAGAAUUACCAGAAAUUGACCCUACGAAAAAGGUUAACUUCUUUGCUCUAAAUGCAGCACGUAACGAGACAACACAAACUUCAGUAGAGCUUCCAGAGGCACAACCAAAUUGUUUGACAGGGUUAACAAUUGUUUUCACUGGUCAGAUGCCUAAUUUAGAUCGUGGUACUGCAGAGCAAACCGCAAAACAGUACGGUGCUAAAGUAACCAAAUCAAUUCUGGGUAAAACAAGUUUAGUUGUACUUGGAACAGAUGCUGGUCCUUCAAAAGUUCAGAAAAUCAAGCAACACAAAAUCAAAGCAAUUGAUGAGGCGGGAUUUAUUAAAUUGUUGGAACUGAUGCCUGCUGAUGGAGGAUCGGGUGCAGCAGCAGAAGCAGCCAAAUUGAAACGUGAACAAGAAGAAGCUAAAAUCAUUGAACAAGCAAAGGAGGAAGAGAGAAAAGAAAGAGAGGCUGAAAAAGCUAGAGUCGCAGAAAGAGUCAAAGCGACAGUCAACACCAAAGGUGAAACAUUUGGUUUCCAGAAGAAAGAAGUUGCCCCUCAAGAUAAAUUGUGGACAGAUAGACAUGCUCCAACCGAUCUCAACCAAUUGUGUGGUAAUAAAGGACAAAUCCAAAAGUUGAAAAGUUGGUUGGAAAAUUGGUUUGACAAUCAGGCAAGGGGGUUCAAGGGAAAUGCAUCGGAUCCAGAUUCUUUCCGAGCAGUUUUGAUCAGUGGACCACCAGGGAUUGGUAAGACCUCUGCUGCACAUUUAGUUGCCAAAAGUCUUGGGUUUGACAUUAUUGAAAGAAACGCGUCAGAUGUUCGUUCCAAAUCUUUGUUAAACGCCAAUGUUAAAUCGAUUUUAAACAACACAUCAGUUGUUGGAUACUUUAAACAUCGUGGUGAUACUGAGAAAAAUUCAAACAACAAAAGAUUCUGUAUAAUUAUGGAUGAAGUUGACGGUAUGUCGAGUGGGGAUCAUGGUGGAGCAGGGGCAUUAUCUCAAUUCUGUAAGAUUACAAGCAUGCCAAUGAUCUUGAUUUGUAACGACAAGUCCUUGCCUAAAAUGAGAACAUUUGAUAGAACUACUUAUGAUUUGCCAUUCAGAAGACCAAGUGAGAACGAGGUCAAGAGCAGAUUAAUGACUAUUGCAUUUAGAGAAAAAGUCAAGUUGGAUCCAAGUGUUAUUGGACAAUUGGUACAGGCAACUUCGAAUGAUAUUAGACAAAUGAUCAAUUUGUUAUCAACUGUUUCUAAAACACAAAAGCAAAUUGGUGCAAACUCAAUGAAAGAAGUUAAAGAAAGUUGGCAGAAGCAGGUUGUAUUGAAACCUUUUGAUAUUGCUGGCAGAUUAUUGAAUCUGGGUAUAUGGUCAGAUCCAAGACUGUCGUUAAAUGACAAAUUAAAUUUGUAUUUUAAUGAUUUUGAUUUUUCUCCGUUAAUGAUUCAAGAAAACUAUUUGAUAACUAAUCCAAGAUUACCUGGUAAACAAAUUGAACUUGUUGCUACGGCAGCAGAGGACAUCAGUAUAUCUGAUACUGUUAACUCAUUAAUAAGAUCGGGUGAACAACAAUGGAGCUUGUUACCGUUUCAUGGUAUUAUGUCUACUGUCAAACCUAGUUACGAGGUAGCAGGUCAAAUUACCGGUCGAUUGAACUUUAGCAGUUGGUUAGGACAGAAUUCAAAGCAGAUGAAAUAUCAAAGAAUGCUACAAGAAUUGCAGUACCAUACAAGGGUAAGAACUUCAACCACCAAGCAAGAAUUGCGUCUCGAUUAUUUGGAUGCAUUGUGGCAAAAAAUAGUCAAACCCCUUUGUGACAGUGGAGAAGAUGGAUUUGACGAAGCAAUUGAAACUAUGGAUGAAUAUUAUUUGACAAAAGAAGAUUUUGAUAAUAUCGGUGAUAUGAUCAAACAAGAUUUGAAAUUACCUACACAAUCCAAGUCCGCGUUUACCAGAAAAUACAAUAGUAUGAUGCAUCCAACCAUUAUUUUCAAAACUGGUAAUUCUUUGAAUGUUGGUGGUAAAAGAGCUGCAGCACCUAAAGUUGAUUUUGAAGAUGUAAUUGAUGAUGAUAUGGAGGAUGUUCCAGACGAUGAUGAGGAUCAAGAUAGUGAUAAAAUUGACACUAAAAAAGACAAGUUGAUCAAAGUGGUUCCCGUUGGAAAAUCAAAGUCAAAAUCAAAAUCAAAAGCGUCUACUGUGCCAGCAAAGAAAAAACAAAAGAGAUAA